AUGUUCUUGGGGAAACUGGCCGAUUCUCCCAGAGGCGGUAGAAAGCUUGUUCUAAUGGGGGGAAUAGCUGGAUCAUAUUUCAAGCAGGCACUGGCGUUGCGGAUCCUCGAAGGUCUAGUCAACGGAAAUGUGGCGACAGUGAGGACGAUGGUCUCCGAGGUUGUCGUGGAGAAACGUCCCCUCAUGGCCGGGCAGUUGGCUGACCUAGCGGGGAAAUACCCGGAUAAGUUUGGGAAUAAUGCAUUUCUGAAAGCGUGGCCGUAUGCACCACCAGCUAUCCUCAGCGGAUCUAUCAUGCUGUUGGCCUUCUUCGCGGUCUUGCUUUUCCUAGAAGAAACUCUAGAGCCCCUGAAAGAUAGAUACGAUCCUGGCGUCGCCUUCACCCGAAGAGUUCGAUACCUUUUGUUUGGAACCAAGAUCUCGACAGCAACCAGAGCAGGCCAUGAGGAUGCCACUGACGAAGAGAUGUCACAUAUGAUCACGGAAUACUCUGACCCAUCUGAAAGGGAUUCCGAAGAGCAAAGAUCACCAAUGAAGGCAGUCAAGACAACUCCCAUGAUCUUACCAACUAGACGCAUGUUCACUAAAAACAUGUGUCUCACGCUUGUUUCAUACGCCAUCCAGGAGUAUCACAUCACGACUUACAACACUCUGUGGACGAGUUUCCUCAGCGACCCGGUUGACAAAGAAGGCAAACUCAAGCUCCCUUUCUUCUUUUCUGGCGGAGCCGGGAUGAAGCCAGACCAAAUUAUGUGGUCUCUCUUCAUCGUCGGAAUGAUGGGAUUACCCACGCAGCUUUUCAUCUAUCCCCGCAUCAGCCGUCGUCUCGGCACUUUGAAGAUGUGGCGCAAGUUCAUGCUUGGGAUGCCGCUACUCUACUUCAUCGUGCCUUACAUCGCAGCUAUGCCCUCGACUACACCACCACCAGCUGGUAAAACUGGGUUCGUCGUUUGGUUCCUCAUCAUCCUGGUUCAAAUCAUGAUGGUGGGGACGUCCACAUUUGUCGUACCAGCGCAACUUGUUCUGACCAAUUUGUAA